GUCAGCUAACGUGACUUGAUCAAGAUUUACAGCUCUCUUCAAAAAGAUCCCUGAAAGUAAAGUAAUGAACAAGGGGAAGGACGAGUUUGACAGUGGGCAACAGGAGUUGCCCAAAGAGAGUUUGAACACUUGUUUGACUGGAGUCCCAAAUGAUGGAAUCGUGUCUGUGGAGGGCUAUUCUGAGGAUAGAGCGCUAUUCUACCUGACGAGAGAGAUUGAAGGGGAUGAAACAGACCCAAACAGCGGGUGUGGCAGCUUUAGAUUUUGCUGCCCAGUUCCGUGUGAUCAAAAUUCUACUAUGUCCCACUGUCAGGAUUUCCUGUCCAGCCCUUAUCGUUACAUGAAUCCCAAUCCAGGACUGAAUUCUGCUGCUUGCUCAUGGACAUCUGAAGGGGCAUUGCAUUAUGGAAUGAUGUCAAGAGAAAUCUGUGAUGCUGUGGCCAGCAUUAGUUCAGAUGUCACAGAGGAACCGUCAGAAGAAGUUUUCAUUAAACCAGAGUUGACUUUUGAACUGAGAAACAAGCCAGACAUCUGUCAGCAUGGCAACCAUCCAAUAGUUUUUCUCUCAUCUCUUGACCCGUCAGUGGACAACAGUCCUGUCGUUCAGAUGCCCAACGUCUGCCAGGUUCUGCAUGAUGCAAAUGGCAGGCCACAGGUGGUGGUUGUUAAUCACCAAUCACUUCCAAUGAUUCACUCAAUGCCCUCAGGAAGUCAUAACUCCACCAGUCCAGAGCAACAAUUUGCACCGCACGGCAGCACUCCUGAACUGUGCCCCCCAUGUGGAAAAGUUGAAGACCUUGGUCAGUUUGAUUACAUCAGCUCUUAUCCAGUGGGUCGGAUGAUUCCUUCCUCUUUGCCAGGACCAUGCACUCUACCGUCUCAGCAGUAUGGGCCCUCCCUCGGCCUACCGUCUGGCCACCAGGGCCUCCCCUCCAGCCCAUAUGGUGCCCCAGUUCCUCUGGGCCCUGGCUUCGGAUACAGCCUCAUGUCUGGGCCCUACAUGUCACAGUUCCAUCAGAACCCAUGCCCUUUGUACCCAGACACGCUAGGAUUGAAUCCAGAAAGUCAGCCGAAGAUGAUCCAGAGACAGUUAAGUGGAUCCCACUGGGACUCCAAAUCCCAGAGGAAGCCUUGCAACUGCACCAAAUCACAGUGUCUUAAGCUAUAUUGUGACUGCUUUGCAAACGGGGAGGUUUGCAGCAACUGCAACUGCAUCAACUGUUGUAACAACACUGAACAUGAGCCUGAAAGAUACAAAGCAAUCAAGAUCUGUCUUGAGAGAAACCCAGAGGCCUUUCGUCCAAAAAUUGGCAAUCGUAAACUUGGAGACCCUAAAGGGCGUCAUAAUAAGGGCUGCAACUGCAAGCGCUCUGGCUGCCUGAAGAACUACUGUGAGUGCUACGAGGCCAAGAUCAUGUGCUCCUCCACUUGCAAGUGUGUUGGCUGUAGAAACUAUGAGGAAAGCCCCAAGAGAACGUCAGUGGGCUGGGAGAGUUCUGAGAAGAGUUCUGGCCGGGGGCAGAAGAGCAGGUGUCCGCUGGCGUGCAUCACGCCUGACGUGGUGGAAGCCACGUGCGGCUGCCUCCUGGCUCAGGCUGAAGAGGCGGAGAGGGAAGGGUGCACUUUGUCUCAAGCUGAGCAAAUGAUUCUCGAGGAGUUUGGUCAGUGUCUGACGCAAAUCGUACAGUCGAUAUUCAAAAGCAGCGGCCUGCCUGGGUAGCCUCCGGAACAGAGGAGGCGGGAAGACGUUGUCCACAGCACAGGACAUAAGAGAGUCAUGUGGGCAGGUCAUGCACUCGUCCAUUUCGGUUUUCUUUUGGGAGUCAUGGGAGUCUUGUUAUGGGUUUUGUUUUGAAUGCAUAUAUGACUCUGUUUGGAAUAGCGUUGUCAACUGCACAUUGCUACGAAUGUGUUCAUGUAUUUAUUUAUUUAUUGAAUUGUAUUUAUGUAUUUAUUAUUUGAUGGCAUUUACUUUGAGAUUCAUGUUUCAUUGUCUAUAAUUCCUUUAAUAACAAUAAUUAAUUUUCAUUAAUUAUUUACAAAUGACUGCCGUAUGCUCUUCUAAACAGGACUUAGGUCCUAUAUAUGAUCUGGUUUUACUACUUAUGCAGUUAACAUUGAGGACUAGCAGGGCAAAGUGAGUUUUUGUCAAGUGAAAAAGUAAACACUAUAGUCUACUUUGUCAAGUUACCAGCAUUUAUAUUUCUGUAUGUUAAACAGCCAUUCAAAUUUUCACUGAACCCUGUGUUGAUAAAUGUUCAAAAUAAACUGUGUUGAUUAA